CCCGAAGAGAGGCGGCGGCCCCCGCAGCAGCCGCAGGAGGGGCGGCGGCGGUGGGCGCCGCAGGAGAUGCCCCUGCCCGGCUGCUCCGGCGUGGGGCAGUGCGAGCGGCGGCGGGGGAGCAGGCAGGGGGCGGCGGCUGCGGCGGCUGCAACAGAGGGGCCGAGAGCUGGAGGCGGCGGCGGCCUCGAAGGGCAUCGGCGGAGGCGGUGAUGGCAACAGUGGUGAUCUGAAGAUGGAAAGAGCCAGGCGAAGGGGAGGCGGCGGCGGCGGCGGCCGCGGCCGCGGCGGCAAGAAUGUAGGGGGCUCUGGCUUCAGCAAGAGUAGACUCUAUCCCCAGGCCCAGCACUCCCACUACCCCCACUACGCGGCUUCAGCCACCCCUAACCAGGCCGGGGGCGCAGCUGAAAUCCAGGAGCUGGCCUCCAAAAGGGUGGACAUCCAGAAAAAGAGGUUUUACCUAGACGUGAAGCAAAGCUCCCGGGGCCGGUUCCUAAAGAUAGCCGAGGUCUGGAUAGGGAGAGGCCGGCAAGACAAUAUCAGAAAGAGUAAACUGACCCUCUCCCUGUCUGUGGCCGCGGAGCUGAAGGACUGUCUAGGGGACUUCAUCGAGCACUAUGCCCACCUGGGCCUGAAAGGCCACCGACAAGAGCAUGGUCACGGCAAAGAGCAAAGCUCCAGGAGGAGACAGAAGCACGCAGCACCCUCCCCACCAGUCUCUGUGGGGUCCGAAGAGCACCCUCACAGUGUCCUCAAAACAGAUUACAUAGAGAGGGACAAUAGGAAAUACUAUCUAGACCUAAAGGAAAAUCAGCGGGGUCGCUUCCUAAGGAUAAGACAAACCAUGAUCCGGGGGACUGGCAUGAUAGGUUAUUUUGGCCACACUUUGGGGCAAGAGCAGACUAUCGUCCUCCCAGCACAAGGGAUGAUUGAGUUUCGGGAUGCCUUGGUUCAGCUCAUUGAAGACUAUGGCGAAGGGGACAUAGAAGAACGCAGAGGUGGAGACGAUGACCCAGUCGAACUCCCAGAGGGGACUUCUUUCAGAGUGGACAAUAAAAGGUUCUACUUUGAUGUGGGCUCUAAUAAAUAUGGAAUUUUCCUGAAGCUCACAAAUUACCCUAAAUCCAGAGGGAAUAUCCACCCUUUUCACUGUUGUCAAAUCCAGCAUAAGGAACAGCCCUAUGACACUACAAAAACAGUUGAGGAAUAAGGAAUAAGUCUCUUAUGUCACACUUCAGAAUAAAGGCAUUCGGUGAAAGAAAUGAACCGAAGUUCAUCGUGAAUGCAAGGCUUCUGUUCUUGACAUUCCUCCGCGGAAGGGAAGACAAGUGUCAACACCACUGGCAUCAUUUUCAAACCGAUCUUAUGUGGAAUAUCUUCCACCACACUGGAGUACUUCUUGACUCUAUCAGGUUUUUUCUGUUUUGUUUUGUUCUGUUUUAAUUCAUCAAGCCUUUCCGUUUUCAAAAAACCAUUUGUCAGCAUUGAGGUAGAAGGACAUAGAUUUGAAAAUACUUUCUUAAGAGAUCAUGUAACUAUAUAACUCUGAAUUUAAAAACUGAGGAGGAGGGAUCAUUUCAACCCACCGCCUCUUACAAGAAACAUGUUUUUAAAUCUGUAACUGCUUUAGUGUUAACAGGGUACAAAGUGUUUUUUGUCCUGUAUUGUACUUAAAAGGUUCUCAUUGAUUGGUGAUUGUAUUGUACUGUAUGAAAACAAGUCAUAAAUUGCCUUGUAUUGUUUAUA